UGCGACCGGUGUCUGGAAGUGACGUGUUGACAUAAACGAAUGUCGAACGUAAACAAUGUCGAACGUAAGAGUUGACUAAAAAUACUGGAGAGAGAAUUGCGUGAUGUGAAUUCUCGAACGAAGCUGGUGAUAGUGACAACGGUGAGAACUUCAACAAGUGCUAAGUUUUGGACUAAAGUUCUUCUACUUCUACGUUGUUAAAGGGAAGAUAACUGUUGUAAGGGUGAGUUCGCUGCUACUUUGCACUCGUGUCUUCGCCUGGGCAUGGGAUAUUUUAGCCGGUAGCAUCUUCCGUCAAAUGCAACAUACGGCGGGGAUAGAAGUUCGAGUCACGAAGGAGUUUCCCAGGAAAACCUCGGAGGGGUCUGAUACGAGAGAUGACGUACCUCAAUGGAUGGCGACAUCGGCACCCAGUCCAACGUCACCGACGACAUCGAUAUCGCCGACGACGCCUACUAAUCCUCACCAGUAUCUAUCGCCACACGUUUUCCAAGGCAGAAAUUCAUUGUGUUCGGCUAAUGACUAUACAUUGCGAAGAAGACGGCCCAUGACCUUGCGCAUCGGACCACGACUUGCCAAUUUGCCAAAUCGCAGCACAUCAGCGCCGACGACUACAACCGAUGCGGAUUGGCCAGCCCUUGGGUAAGUCACGGGAAAAAGGCUAACGAAUGGAUUUUGAAAAAAUAAUUGCGUGUACAUUUUUCAGGGGUGAGUUUAGUGGAAAUGUACUUGACCAUAUUAUAUACUCUGUAGUGCAGUUUGCUACCCAAGGAUAAAUUUUCGUAUCAUCUUUUUACCAUAAUCCUUAUUCAAUAUCACAGAAGUUCACUCACCAUCGUCAUGAAAAACAUGUGCACAAAUUCGUCUGUGCAUGCUCAUUACGUUUCGGUCAUUUAAUCUAAAAUGGUUCGCAUGUGCACGUCUAUGAUAUUAUCCGGUGGAAUUUUUUCAUGUCUUGUCUAAUGCACUAAUUACUCGAAAUGUGAUCUUUCUCUGAUCCGAACAAAAAGCAUUCGGGGCAAGAUGUUUUUUCCAGCUUUCAGAUGAUCAUUUGUACCAGCUCGUAUUGCAAUCGUCCUGUAGAACUACGGAACGGAUGACACGGUGGGCGACGUAACAAAAUCCUGACGAAGAAUUGAUUCAAUUUGGGGCCGUACCAGAAAAAGUCACCGACGCCUAGCAGCGGAGGAGGUGGAAGCAGAUCCGGGUGGCGUGCCCGUAGGAGUGUCACCACGUCGGGUGCUCCUCCCGGACACCAGCACCCCGUGAUUGCCACAGCAGCCGCAACGGCGCAGGCCAGAAU